AUGAACAAAAGAAAACGCUCCAAAAAAAAUAGGGAUUUUGAAUUAAGAGAUGGACUAAAAAGGUCGAACCAACUAGACAUAAGAAAGCUAUUUCUGAGAAAUGCCCCAAAAAGAACUGGAUAUAGGCCAGUUCCUGGUGUUUUAAUUUAUCCACAAAAUUUUAGAGAACCAAGAGUUUUUGAAGCAAUUAGUCAUAAGAACUUGAAAAAAGAAUGUUGCAAUGAAUUUGAGAAUGGGAUAUGCCGCUGUGGUGACAUUGUGGCUUGUCCUGCAAGCCAGGAAUUCCAGUCAAAAAACAGCUCUGGGGAAGAUUCUGCGAUAAAUAAUGAUCAACUCGAGGACCAAAAUACUCAAAUUCCGGACCCAAUUGACUUUAGAGGUUUGAGAGGGAUGUUGUGGUCAAAGAUUAAUCCGGAAAAGUUUGAAAUGUUUGAAAGACGAUUUUCGGAACCAAAUGCAACAGGAUCUUGUCCUAUUGGUUUAACUGACAACUUUGAGAGUCCCAUGUUCUUUGCAAAUACACAGCCAGCUCCAUCUAAGCUUUAUGAAACGGCUGAGCUGUCUCAAGAAUUAAUUGACCAAGUAAAUGAAGAAGACUUUAAUAAUUUUAUGGAUACAUGGCAGAAUUGCCUAAAUCAAAUAGAUACUCUGGAACAAGAGAUGAAAAUUAAUAUUGAGCUUCAGCUUUCCAUAGAAAAUGAACUGGAUAGGGGUAUUCGUCUGCUUAAGCCAAGACUUAGACAAUUAACUAUUUCAGAGAGAAAGUUCUUGCACAUUUGUAUCAAUUAUUUGACUUCUCAAGUAGGAUUUCCAAGAACGGAUAGAUUUUCAAAUAUCCAAAGCAUGGGAGAGGUUGAUAUAAAUAGAGAUCAGGAGAUUGUCCAUAUCAAGAAUAGCUCUUGGUUCAUGGGAACAGAUGCAAUGGAGUUAGUGAAUCAACACCAUAAGAUAGCAGAAUUACAAGGAAAAUUGGUUCAGAGCCAUUUGAAUAAUCAAAAUAAUAACUCCAACUUCUUGUUAUCUUUUAAUGAAAUGGGUUUUGAAGAUGAUGAAUCAUAUAGUAACUAUAAUAGAAAUCUUGAGAACAAGAUGAUUAACGAAGAUAGUGAGCUUAGUUUACAUUGUAGGUCUGUUCUUUCCAAGUAUCUGAGUGGUAAGCUUGAGGAGAGAGAAUCAUCCCUAAAAAUGAAGAGGAAUUUACUGGUAAGAUUAUCAAAUAUUCUCAAACUUUUGGAAUCCUCACCUCUCUCAAAUUUUCCCUUUACGAUGAAUAAUCGCCAUAUGUUUUUAAAUCCCAUUGGGAUUGGAAGAAGGAGUAUCUGCUGGACAGUUUUUGAUUUUUUUGAUCUAGUUCCGUCAGUACUGAAAUUGUAUAGGUUGGAUUUUUCAGCAAAGAAUGAAAUCCAGAAAGAAUCUAUGUUCUCUUCAAAUGUUUCAAUUUCUUCAAAUACUCAUAAACUUAAAAUAGUGAUGCAGGAAUCAUUUGCAAGAUUAAGAACUAUUAGGAGUGUUUUUAACUCUCAGAUUGGUCAAAUAAAAAAAGAAGAAGUCCCAUUGGAGAUGAUUUUGUUUCUCAAACAAAACUGUAAUGUCCACUCAUCUCUAAAUUCCAACACCAUAAAGAAUAGGCAGAUGAAUCACGGAGUCUCUGACGUUAUAUUAUGUUCAGGAAUGUUUGAAUGGUACACUCCUUUGUCUUUGAGCUCUACAAUUGUUGAGGUAUACCCUCAUCUGGAGUACUAUGAUAUCCUUUCUUACGUACACUUGAAUGGUGUUCUUGGUGAAUCCACAUCUUUGAUGUAUAUCAGAUCCCUUCUAAGAUUGUUCUUUCUUUUUUCCUCCUUCAAAGAUAGUAGUGGUAAAAAAGGAGUGAAAAGCUUUAUUUUUCCAGUUAAAGCAAGCAGGGUAUAUAUUAGAAAGGAAGAAAGCUGCUUUUUAAUAGGCCCAUUGGAUCUUAUUGAUUUGGAUUCGAAGACAGACUUGCUGCAAGAUGAUAUUAUUUUCAAAAAGAAAUACCCAGUAAACUUGAUGCAAUGCAAUAGUUUUACUCAAGUACAAAAGAAUGACGAUAUUGUUAACUACCUGCCUCCAAUUAUUAGAAAUAUCAUUACUUCUGAUGAUUCUCUCUUUAAUAUUGAAAAUAUAAAGCUCCUCAAGAAUAGACUAUUGGACCUUGGGCAUCUCUGUGAUAUAUUUGAAAAGAUACACGUUUAUAUUAUUGGUGUUCUUUUGUAUUUUUGCCUAACUGGGAACUACUAUAGUGUUGAUUCCCAAAAAGAUACCAUAUAUUUAAAUUUGUCAAGUGAAUCAAAAGAACUUCUAAAGGCCAUGUUGAACCCAAAUAUUGACCAGAUUCCAAGUAUUGAAAGAAUUCUUGAUUUUCCUGCAUUACACCCUGAAAGACUUGUAGGAACUUUGGGAGUUCAGAAUAGCUAUAAUUUGUUCCAAAACCAAAUUUCUGAAUUAAAGCUAAUGAUCUAG